GUGGUUCUGUGGCGAAAACACUUGCAGAAGCCGAACUCGAUUUUUCUUUGUAAAACAGGGGAGAGAGAGAGAGAGAGAGAAUGGCAAGCGCGCUCUUGUCCACCGGUCUCUUCGUCCCGUCGAAUAAUGGGGGGAAAACUGCUGGGUUCCGCUUUAGGAACUCCUGGAGCUCCUUUCAUGGCGAAUUGCUUUCCAAAGCCAAUCUAGUGAAGAGGGAAAUUAGCAGCAACGCGAGAGGACGCCUUGUUAUUGCCUCCGUGGUUGUAUGGCAGCUCACGCAGAGAGAGACUGUAGUUCCUGACCCUGAUUAUAGAAUACCCAUUGUCUUACUCGGUGUGGCUGGUGGAUUAGCCUAUACAAACAAUCUGUUACCUGCUGCCCCCGUUGGUCUACUUGGUCUGCUCUUAUUAUUUCAGACUACUAGAGUGAGAUUUGUCUUUGAUGAUGAGGCUCUGGAGGUGAAAGUUGGAGAGGAGCUUCAAGAAUCAGGUGAAAAUGUUUUCGUAGGAGGGAAAAAUCGGUGGAAAUACUCCACCUUCGUGAAUUGGGAGCUCUGGUGGCCAAAUUUUCCUGUCCUUGUGUACUUCAAAGAGACGCAAACAAAACCAGAUGGACAAGUGCACUUCUUCCCAGUAAUUUUCAAUGGGAAGCAACUAUAUGAUGUCAUGGUGGAGAGAGCUGGUCCUUCGAAAACAAGCAGGCCAAAACAAUCCUAAUAGAGUUUAUGCAAAAAUCAAGCCAUGCCAUAUCAUGCGCGACAUUAAAUUGACGAGGAAAUGUUUCAGAGUGCUCAGUUAACCGAGGAUUCGCUACAAGAAUCAUGUGUAAGACAGUUCUCUCAUGUGCAUAUGUACCUAUGUAUGUUUUCUUCCAGAAUGGCAGUAGCCAGUUCGAGUUCCAUCGGUUAAUGUACCUUUAUACAUCACAAAAGAGAAAGGAAUCUGUAUAUUUCCAACGCUUCUCCAAUUUUUUACAUGGAUCCUGUCC